AUGUUCCAAGAUGCCCACUCCUACAUCUCUAGGUGCGACUCAUGCCAGCGCCAAGGGAACAUCAGUAAAUGGAAUGAGAUGCCUCAGAACUUCAUCUUGGAAAUAGAAGUAUUCGAUUGUUGGGGGAUUGAUUUCAUGGGACCAUUCCCACCAUCCUUCAAGAACGAGUACAUAUUGGUAGCAGUUGACUACGUUUCUAAGUGGGUGGAAGCAAUAGCCAGUCCCACAAACGACGCAAAGGUGGUGACUAAGAUGUUCAAAACCAUAAUAUUUCCAAGAUUUGGGGUACCACGAGUGGUCAUCCGUGAUGGGGGUAGUCACUUAAUCAACAAGAUCUUUGCAGGUCUAUUGAAGAAGAAUGAAGUGAAACACAAGGUAGCCACGCCAUAUCACCCUCAAACAAAUGGUCAAGUGGAAGUUUCAAACAGAGAGAUCAAUAGCAUCCUGCAGAAAACAGUUAACACCAGUCGCAAGGAUUGGUCACUCAAGCUAGACAACGCUCUCUGGGCCUACAGAACAGCCUACAAAACACCAAUCGGGACCACUCCCUACAACCUGGUGUACGGUAAAGCUUGUCACCUGCCGGUUGAGUUGGAGUACCAGGCAGCAUGGGUUGUGAAGCUACUCAACUUCGACAUCAAACCAGCAGCAGAAAGACGAUCCAUGCAAAUCCACGAGCUGGAGGAAAUUAGGCAUCUCGCCUAUGAAAGCUCAAAAAUCUACAAGAAGCGAACUAAAGCCUAUCAUGACAAGAGAAUCAUCAGCCGAAACUUUCAGCCUAAGGAUCAGGUGCUCCUUUUUAACUCCAGGCUACGACUGUUCCCUGGAAAGCUGGGAUCAAGAUGGUCCGGACCAUUCACCAUCAAAGAGGUCCGCCCCUACGGUGCUGUUGUGUUGCUGGAUACAAAAGGUGAGAAAUUUGUUGUCAAUGGUCAACGACUAAAGCCAUAUCUUGCUGAGACAACAAUCGCAGAGGGUGAAGAAAUUCCCGUGCUGGGAAUAGCUGAUCUUUGCCACAUCACUCACCCGCUGUACCCAGAUUUGGUGAGGCAUGUCCUAGCCACCGUGGAGCUCACCUUCAAGAGGCCCGGCUUCCCAAUCUUCGAGGAAGCCUCCUUCACCUUCUACGCGAGCGGCGUCAAGCAUUCCAUAAGUUUGGAGAAGCUGACCGAGAUCUAUGAGAUAUCUGAGGAGUACACUAAGACCUCCUUUCCAAGGAAGUUCCCCCCGGAGCAAGCAUUCUGGAAGUUCAUCGCUUCAGGGGACUUUAAAUCCCGAUCAGCCAGACAGUCUCUCAUUCGCAACCCUGUUCUGCGGAUUACUGUGAAGGUCCUGAGCAACCUGCUCUUCUCAAAGGACCAGACGCCAAAGAUGACACGAGGGGAACUGCAGAUGUUAUUUGCAGGAGUUGAGGACGAGAUCAAAUCCGCAGACAUUGGGAUUCCGACCUCGGAGAUGAAGACCAGUCCAGGUUGUGUGCUUGUUCAGAUGUUUGUGGACAAGAAGGCAAGUGUGAUUAAGGGUUCUCUAAAGAAGGACCGUUCUGGGAGUUUGCUCACUCCUCUAUUCCGCCACUUGGAGCUUGAUCUCAGCCCCUACCAGUGUAACAAAACCAUGCAGUUCAUUAAUGUUCCAUACCUGAUCAACUGCCAGAUUCUCCGCGACGAGACGACCUACAGCUUCAUUGGUAAGGACGGGAACUACCUCUACUGCAAGCUGCCUCAACCGGACAUCACCUCGCUUGGAGAUGUGGUCAACAUUUUUUUCGUCCCCGAGCCUCAGUAUCUCUGCGCCGACCCAAAAUCAUCUUACCAGGAUGAUUCUAUGGAUGAGCCAGAGUUUUUAGGUACUGUUGGAGGCGACAUUGCGUAUGACCUAGGCCCCCUUGAUGACGACUCUGAUGAUGCCAUUUACCGUCUUUGGAUGGUGGAUUCUCAGUGCAAGAAUAACGGUCUCAUGAAGAGGAUCCUGAAGGCGAUCACUUGA